ACACUAUCUGAGCUGCCGUGCUGAUCGCAGUCUGGAAAUGUAAGUGCUCGCCAAACGCACCAGUAACCAACGACAACGCUAAGCACCGAUCAUCUGGCUUCACGCACAUGGAUGCUAACGCCGGCAACAGUUAAAGGGUUCUGAGCAGCAUCAAUGAACGGAAUAUGAUGUCCAUUUUGAAAACACUACCAGUUAUUCCAAUUUUAUCCUUAUAAUUUCAAAAAAAGUUGGACAUUUUUUUCUCCAAAGGAUACAAUGACGACCAACCAGCUUCUCUUCCUACUUCUCCUACUCCUAAUAUGCAUUCCGUAUCCUGGCAUGUCCCUACCUUUCAAUCCAGGGAAUAAUAUUGGGAAUCUUUUUGGGAUUUCGGACAAUGAGAAAAUCCUGCACCGCUCCAAGCGAGGGUGGAUGUGGAAUCAGUUUUUCCUGCUGGAGGAAUAUGGCGGCAACGACCAUCAAUACGUUGGAAAGCUCCACUCCAAUAUGGACAAAGGUGACGGUAAUGUGAAGUACGUUCUGACCGGUGAUGGAGCAGGGACUUUGUUUCUGAUUGAUGAAAAGUCGGGAGACAUCCACGCCACGAAACGCCUGGACCGAGAGGAGAAGGCCAUGUACAUCCUGCAUGCCAAAGUCCUGGAUCGUUCCACCCUCGCAGAGCUUGAGCCCGACACCGAGUUUAACAUCAAAAUACACGACAUCAACGACAAUGCGCCAAGGUUCGCCAAAGACGUGUACUUCGCCAGUGUGCCCGAGAUGUCUGAAGUGGGUACGUCUGUAGUGACCAUCAGUGCCACAGAUGCGGAUGAUCAGACGUAUGGGAACAGUGCUAAGCUGGUCUACAGUAUUCUACAAGGGCAGCCCUAUUUCUCUGUGGACUCAGAAAAUGGCACCAUAAAGACAGCUCUUCCAGGAAUGGACCGCGAGGUGAGGGAACAGUACCAGGUGGUAAUCCAGGCUAAAGACAUGGCGGGGCAGAUGGGGGGUCUGUCUGGGACCACCACUGUCAGCAUCACCCUCACCGACGUCAAUGACAGCCCGCCGCGAUUCGCUAACCACUCGUUCCGUGUGACAGCAGCUGAGUCCACAGAGGUGGGUGGAGCCAUCGGGCGGAUCAAAGCCGAGGACCGCGACAUAGGGCGAAAUGCACAGAUGGAGUAUACCAUCGUGGGCGGCCAUGACACCUUCAACAUCAUCACUGACCAGACCACACAGGAGGGAGUGGUCAUCAUCAAGAAGAGACUGGACUAUGAGACCAAGCGAGAUUACGAGUUCCGUGUGGAGGUGAAGAACACGUACCUGGACAUGCGUUUCAUUCAGGGGGUGGAGUUUAAGGACUAUGCCACAGUGAAGGUGACGGUGGAUGACGUGGACGAGCCCCCUGUGUUCAGCCGAAACCCCUACAUCAUCGAGGUGCAUGAAGAUACCGCUUCCGGGAGCGCUGUAGGCGUGGUGUCAGCCAGGGACCCUGAUGCAGACAACAAACCUGUCAAAUACUCCAUAGAUCGACACACAGACCUGGAGCGCCUCUUCAACAUCGACUCCUCAAACGGAACCAUCACCACGCUCAAGAACCUGGACCGAGAGAUGUCCAAAUGGCACAACAUCUCUGUGGUGGCCACCGAAAUUAAUAACCCGCGGCAGACGACCCGGGUGCCUGUGUUCAUAAAGGUUUUGGAUGUCAACGAUAACGCCCCUGAGUUUGCCAUGUCCUAUGAUACAUUUGUGUGUGAAAACGUCAAAGCUGGACAGCUGAUUCAGACUAUCAGUGCAGUCGACACAGAUGAGCCUCUGGUUGGACAUAAGUUUGUCUUCAGUAUAAGUCCCACGAACCCAAACUUCACUAUAGAUGAUAAAGAAGACAACACAGCCAACAUCCUGACUCGGAGGGGGGGCUUCAGUCGCAGAGAGAUGAGUGUCUACUUUUUACCCAUCGUGAUCUCAGACAACGACUACCCCAUCCAGAGCAGCACGAGCACCCUGGUGAUACGCGUCUGUGCUUGCGACAGUCGAGGAAACAUGCAAACGUGUAGCCCCGAGGUCCUGCCCUUCUCUGAUGGACUCACGACCGGAGCACUGGUCGCUAUCCUGCUCUGUGUCUGCAUACUGCUCAAACACGGCCAGUUACGUCACCCGGACUGGCGUUACCGGAACCCCACCCUGGAGCCUGGCCUGGGGCAGGUGCUCGGCAGCGAGCGCCUGGUGGCUAGGCCUUUCCCGACGGGGCCCAAUCAGGCCCAACCCGAAGGAGCGAUGUGGGGCCGUCCUCCUGUGGACCCACCACCUGCGGGAGGAGCCGUGAAGGGCGGGUGCGAAGAAAUCUGGGUGGCAGUCGAAGGCGGGGGUCUCGAUGACCGGAUCUCCAAACAUGGAGACUGGCUCUGGGGACAUGGAAUGUCACCUUGCUGGGCUCUGGAACCAGCUUGGGCUCUGGAACCCAACUCCUCAGGAGGGGCCGAGUCAUACUUCAAGGGAACUGGUCAUCGAAGACUCUUCAUUUCUCUGGUGUUGCCCGCAGCGGAGUGGCGGGGAGCUGGUGUGGGCUUGCUCAUUGUCCAACAGUUUAGCCGCCAUGUGUUGGAGUUCACCCUGGUGAAAGAGAGGGUCGCAUCCCUGCACCUCCGAGUCGGGGAUCCCUGUCCUCGCUCAUCCCCGCUCCUGCCUCUGUGCUCCGGCUCCGGUAAAGUCACCCCUCCGUCUCGCUACCUGUCUUCUCCUGGUCUCCGGCUCGGACUCCGCUCUCUGGACUACGCCGGACCAGCCUGCCCCGGUCUCGCCCUGCUCUUGCCUGCACCCCGGUCCCGGUUUCCUCGUCCCCGACCUGCACUCCGCCCGCCUGGUCUGCCUCCCGCUCCGUGA